CAGGAAGGUUUUACAAUGGUAACAUGAGGCUGAGCAAUGCUUUGUAAUACAUGAUAUCCUUUGGACUUAGUCCUGGCUGUACCAUGUCCUUUUCUAACAUACACCGAGAUGCUGCUGUUGGUGUAGCAUUGCUAGGGGUUAGUUUUGCGGUUGGAGUGUACAUUGGAAAGAAGUAUUUUUUGUUCCGGAGUAAGAAGUCCCAGAAGAUUUUUGAGGGUCAGGAUGAUCCACGCAGAGUGUACCUGCUACGCCUCUCAUUGCGUGAACAUCCAGCUGCUAAAAAGCUAAGACAGCAGCUCUUCAGUAUCACGCCACGUGAUGUAAGCAGUGAUGCAGCGCAGCUUUUGGGAAACCUCGCCAAGCUCAUAAAGUCUCGGAGGGUUCUGGACAUUGGGAGGAGCUGUGGUUACAAUCCUCUGGUCCUGGCCUUGGUGCUGCCAGCUGAUGGGAAGGUAACUGCGAGUUUCAGUGAGACUGAAAAUUCCAGUGAUGCAAAGGAAUUCUGGAGAGAGGCUGGCGUGGAUAACAAGAUUGAAAUAAUAGUGAAAUCUGCAGAGCAGACUCUCGAUGACCUGCUCUCUGCUGGGGAAGCUGGCAAGUUUGACCUAGUCUUCAUCAACAUGGCCGAUGAGCAGAGCUGCAGGAAAUGUUAUGAGAAAUCUCUGCGCCUUUUGAGAAGUGGAGGCAUUUUAGCUAUAGAUGGGGUGUUAUGCUAUGGAGCAGCUCUUAAACUCAACAGUAAAUCUGUGACUGUACAAGCCAUGCAUCAGCUGAGUGAAGCCAUUCUGAGGGAUGCCCGGAUUGCUCUAAGCAUACUGCCUGUGGGAGACGGGCUAAUGCUGUGUUUCAAACUUUGACAAGACUGGUUUGGUGGUACUUCUCUCCCCCUCCCUUUACUGUCUAACGUGCAAACUGCAUAUAAUGGUACACAAACCUGCAUCCUUCUAGGAAUAAAGGCAUCUCCCCAUUCAUGUUUAUUACAAUUCUAGCGAAAAAGGAACAUAGACCCUAAACCAGGUAAGACUUAAUUGCUAUUUAAAUUCUGUGCAUUCUAUUACCUAGCAGUAUUUCCAGGGUUCAAUUUGCAUGUUAGACCAUUGUAGGACACUGGAAAGCCAAAAACCAAAAGUGACUCUCCUAACUAUACCUCCUGUGAUUAUACCGGAUUUCAGACAGUCUUGCUGCACAUUCAGUUCUGUUAGCAAUAUCAGAAACUCGAGAAUUGUAGAAAGCAACACAUUGUCCAACGUUACAGUUUCACUAGAGGCAGCUGUGAAAGAGGAUAGAUUCGGCAAGUUUUCGUAUUCAACCAUAACACUUUAUAAAGGUUAUCUACUACAGUGAGAUAUGUCAGGCCACAGAAACCGAACUGGAAGUAUAGCUGACUUGCAAACGGUCUCCAGUCUGGCUUUUCAUUCUAAACGUACUUUACUUGCGUUAACAAUACCCCUGCACGGAUAAUCUGGACUAUAUCACUAUGAAACAGAUGUUCGAAGUCCAGUUUUAAUCCAACCAUUAACUUUAGAUUUUCAGAAGCUUUGAAAUAAUAAAGAAAAAAAAAAAACUCCACCACCACCGUGGUAAAUUAAUAUAUACCAUUUUAGCUUUUAUUCAGCCUAAAUAAUCCAACCGUUAAAGGAUGCCUUUCCAGAAGUCGUGACUGUGAAUAAUUGUCUUAAUACUGACAUGAUUUUGGAUGUGUUCAGGCUGUAUGGCCACGCACCCAAUAUCAUAUGAUAGAGGGCCAUUUUGUUUGUUUAGCUGCUGCUAUUUUGGAUACUUUAAUGGUAAAAAGGUUGGGGCAAAUCCAGCUUCUUUCAAUCAAAAUAUCAGAAACGGACUCUCCUAGAGUCUUAUAGUUUAUGUAAAAUACUACUGUUGAACCAAAAGUGUCUAAUGUAGCACUCAAAAUGUGAGAACAGAUUUAAGUAGUUGUGAGAGUGCAAUAAAGUCGUUUUGUGUAUACUUUUUGGAUUUCCACAGCUGCUCAGAGUAAUUUAAUUUAGUAUAUUGCAGAUUUCAGUAGUUACUGUUUUAUUUAAUGGAUAUUAUUCUGGGUGUGAGUAGCAGCAAUGUAGGACAUCUUUGUCAACAAAAAGUCUCUUUGAGAAAGUGUUAUGUUUCUGUAUGUGAAUAAUGCCUGUUAAAAUUACAUGUAUAAACAUUUUUUUAAUCAUAGUAAAACAAUUACUGCAAAGAGUGAAUUGUGGUUUUAAAGAUAAACCUGUGACUGCAAUUAACGCUGUACUCAGUAUA